AUGGCGCAGCAGCAGGCCCCGCCAGCUGCGCAGGCGCCCAUCGUCGUCGUCGUUGACGAAGUUCAGAUCACCAGUGAUGCAGCGCUCGUUCUCGCUCCAGGGGCUCAGCACGUAAAGGACCACACGCCUUGUCUGAGUUGGACCACGGUGUACGACAAUGCAGGAGCAGUGACCAACUACACCCUGGGGCAGAGUGACGCCAAGGGCGCCUUCCUGCCGCGGUGCCGGUUCAGCGUGGACCAGCAGACAGGCACCCUCCUCGAUGGGAACCACGUUCUCAAUGUGCUUUUCAAUGGGGCAUUCUGGUCGCGGCUUCUGACCGCUCUGGACGCGGCGAACCUCUUUGCCACUUCCAUGGAGAAGAUCGGCGUGCUGCACCAGCGGCUCGCCGGUCUGGCAAUGGCCAACCCAGGGGUCUGGGUGGUCUCGCACUCGGACAUCUUUCUCGCCGUGGUGCCGGUCGUGCCAGGACCACAGGACCUGCUCUUCCUUACGCAACUCCCGCUUCGCGCGCUCGAGGCGGGCGGGGAGUUGCCUCUGCUGCUGUACUCGCUGCUCUCUUUCCAUUUGGGACCGAUAGCUACAAGGGCGGCCCGCCUGCCCCCGGCAGCCCCCGCGAGACUCACGGCCGGCCUUCUCCAAGGAGCUAUCGUGCAAAGCGUGGGGGCGGCGGCCGCCAACCCUACGAUGCUCGCGCUCCAAAUCCCUCGCUUGCUCAAGGGCGCUUCGCUCCCCGUCAUCUUUCAGUCUACCUCCGCGGACCCGCACACGAGGCUCGAGGACUUCACGGACUUGCUCCGCAUGCAGGCCGGCGGGGUAGAUGAGAGGCGGCGCAUCGAGGAGCGGCGGAUCAUGCUCGCCACCUCGCUGGGCGCGCUCUACCAGCUAGUCAUCCAGCCGUCGCCCUCAGUCUCGACUGCAAAUACCUUGGUGAGCCGCCUGGCCGCCAAGAUUCUGACCGCGCCUCAGCUUAAGCUCUCGCUGGCGGACCAGCUGGCCAUCCUCGCGACGGCCGUUCAUGAUCGGCAGCACCUCGUCCAACCGGGGGCCUCCGCGGAGGAUGCGGUGACCGCGCUGGUCGCGGAGGACCUGCAGGAGGCUGCGCUGCGCAAGCACGGGCGGGAGGGGCUUCUCCUGCGGAGUCGUGCGAUUGGUCUUCUCUGCCUGCGGGAACACCCUCGGGCGGCCGGGUGGGGCUGCGGCUGGAGCUAG